AGUUCAUCACUUCAGUCUUCCCGCCGCGAAAGCAGUGGAAAGUGGAUAAUCUUCUCUGCAUUCCGUGCCGCGCCUUGCCGUGGACGGAAAUGUCGCAGCCGCUUCCCGAGACCCCGUCGCUCGCCGGUCGCCGAGUAGCGUUCACGACGCCGCAGACGGGCGGCGGCGGCGCCUACGGGGGCCGCUUGGGCGCGCUCCUGCGGCAGCGCGGCGCGCAUCCGGUCGCCGUGCCCACCAUCGCCGUCCACCCUCACGACCCCGACCGCCUCCGGCCCUACCUCCUGCCCAGCGCCCUAGAUCCCUUCGCCGCGCUCGCGUUCACCUCCCGCUCCGGCAUCUCCGCCUUCGCCCGCGCCCUCUCGUCCUCCCACCGCCCCCUCUCCCACGCCUCCGCGCUCCCCUUCACCGUCGCGGCGCUGGGCAGCGACGCGGACCUCCUCGACCACGCGUUCCUCUCGCGCCUCUGCGGCGACGCCGGCACGAGGGUAUCCGUCCUCGUACCCGACGUGCCCACCCCGGCCGGUCUCGUGGAGGCACUGGGGCGCGGGUCCGGCCGCCGCGUGCUCUGCCCCGUCCCUGAUGUCGUCGGCCUCCGCGAGCCCCCCGUCGUGCCGGACUUUCUCGCGGGGCUCGAGGCGGCUGGGUGGGUAGCCGUGCGCGCGCCGGCGUACACCACGUGCUGGGCCGGGCCGCGCUGCGCGGAGGCGCUGGUGGAUCCGGACGCUGCGCCGCUCGACGCCGUAGUGUUCACGAGCACGGCCGAGGUGGAAGGGCUGCUCAAGGGGCUGGAAGCCGUGGGGUGGACCUGGGCGCGGCUGGCGGCGCGUUGGCCCGGCAUGGUCGUGGCCGCGCACGGGCCGGUCACCGCCGGUGGCGCGAGGAGCCUCGGCGUCGAGGUGGACAUCGUGAGCACCAGGUUCAGCAGCUUCCAUGGAGUUGUCGAUGCUCUCGCCGCGGCAUUUCCUUCCCAGAAGAUAGUGUAACUGCUAAGACAUGAAGGAUUGGAAACGGCCACAAUUCGCUCGAUUCAUGAAUCAUGAAUAUUCCGAGGUAGAGGUAGCUCAAAAGAUCGCCUGAUGGCUCUACUUACAUGUCUCGAUCAUGCCACGCUGUGUGCGUAUAGUUACGUGUUUCGAUUCAUGAACCAUCAAAUGUCGGAUAGUUUUUUAUUGUUAAGAAACAAUUUUCAUC